CUUUCGAGGUCACGCGAUCCAAACACGCAUGCCAGAGCCUUCGCCCGAAGCGCAAGUGGAGGUCGACACGGCCAAGCCAGGAGAUGGUGUCAACUUUCCAAGGCCGGGCGAUACAGUCCGCAUUCACUACAGUGCCAAGCUGCCCGACGGGACGCUAUUCGACUCGACGCGCAACCGCGGUCGGACGUAUGAGUUUCAGGUUGGCGCCAACCAAGUCAUUCAAGGCCUUGACAGUGCCAUUGUACGCAUGAGCAAGGGACAGAUUGCGCGACUGCGCAUUCCGCCGUCCAUGGGGUACGGGGAGCACGGGUACCCCCCCGUGGUGCCCCCCAACACGGAACUGUUUUACGAAGUCGAGCUCCUCGUCUUUUCGUCCUUAUAAGUUGACGCUGUAUCGUCUAUUUUACUUGGUGCUCG